AUGCCGCCGGGUGAUGUAGAAACUCGAAUUCCCGAAAUUCGCGAGGUGGUGCUCAAGCUGGAGCGCACCGGUGCUCACUCGCACAUUCACGGACUCGGACUUGAUGAUACGCUGAAGCCAAAAGAGAUAGCUGAUGGCAUGGUGGGUCAGCUUGCUGCCCGAAAAGCCGCUGGCAUCAUCGUGCAGAUGAUCAAGGAGGGCAAACUUGCAGGUCGAUCCAUUCUGAUUGCCGGCCAGCCGGGCACUGGAAAAACGGCCAUCGCCACUGGCAUCUCAAAGGCGCUAGACGUCAGCAUUCCCUUUAUUUCGAUGUCUGCCUCGGAAAUAUUUUCACUUGACAUGUCAAAGUCGGAGGCGUUGCAGCAGGCAUUCCGAAAGGCCAUCACCAUUGAGAUUCGCGAAGAGACGGACGUCUUGCAAGGCGAAGUGGUGGAGAUCAUAAUCGACCGCGAUGAUCCAGUGAAGAACGUCCGCACGGGAAAGGUGACCCUGAAGACCACCAGCAUGGAGACGGUCUUUGAGCUGGGCACGAAGAUGCUGGACAACCUGAGAAAGGAGAAAGUCUCCGCCGGCGACAUCAUCUCCAUCAACAAGGCCGACGGCAGCGUCACCAAGCUGGGGCGAAACUUUACCCGCGCGCAGGACUUUGACGCCAUGGGACCGACGCUGAAGUUCAUUCAGUGUCCUGACGGGGAGAUCACCCGACGGGAGACCAUCUGCCACAACGUCAGCCUGCACGAGAUUGACGUCAUCAACUCCCGCCAGCAGGGCUUUCUGGCGCUCUUCUCCGGCGACACGGGCGAAAUCAAGCCGGAGAUUCGCGAGAAGGUGAACGCCAAGCUGUCCGAGUGGCGAGAGGAGGGCAAGGCGAACAUUCGCCCGGGCGUGCUCUUCAUCGACGAGGCGCACAUGCUCGACAUUGAGUGCUUCUCCUUUCUGAACCGAGCCCUCGAGUCGGUCUUUGCGCCCAUUCUCGUGCUGGCCACCAAUCGAGGCAUCACCAAAAUUCGCGGCACCAACUACAAGUCACCGCACGGCUUUCCUUCCGAUUUUCUCGAUCGGCUGGUCAUCAUUCGCACUACACCCUAUACUCAAAAUGAACUGGCGACCAUCCUCAGGAUCAGAGCUGAAGAGGAGGACGUCAGUGUACAUAAGGAUGUAAUCCCUAUCCUCUCGAAAAUUGCCGAUGAAACUAGCCUAAGAUACGCCUGUCAGCUUAUCAUAUCAUCGCAGAUACUGGCAAUGAAGCGAAAAUCUGCCAUAGUUGAAAAGGAAGACGUCAGAAAUGCCUACCAACUGUUCGUCGACGUCAAGCGGUCUGAUAAGUUUAUCAAAAUGUACGAAUCCGAGUUCAUGUUCAGCAGCAGCAGCAACGGGGACAACAGCAAGUCACCUGAAGGAGCAGGGGAGGACCACUUUGUGGACGCCUCUGAGAUGGACAUAGCGUAG